AUGUUUUUUUUUAAAAAUAUAAGAAAAAAUUGUUUUUAUACAAAAAUAUAUGAAAAUAUAAAAAUAUUAAGAGGCUUAAAAGCUAAAAACAAAGGAGCUGAGCUUAUAGAAAAUACAUACAAAGGUCAACAUAGCAAUAUUGGAGAUAAAAAAAAAAUUGAUAACACAAUUUCUUGUGAAGAUAAUGAAUUUUAUAAACAUAUUUAUAGCAAAUUAAAGGAGAAAAAAUCUGAAAGUGUUUAUGAAAAAAAAUCUGAAAAUUUUUAUGAAAAAAAAUCUGAAAAUUUUUAUGAAAAAAAAAAUAGACAAGAAUCAAUUAUCAGUAGUGAUAAAGAAAAUGUAGUAAACAGUUUUAAGGAAAUUGGAAAAAAUACUGAAACUAAUAAUAAAAAUAAAUACCUGAUUAAUAAGCGGGAUAAUAUAAAUAAUCAGAACAUUCAUUCAAAUGGAAAAUAUUUAAAAAGAAAGGAAAUAUAUUUAAAAUAUAAUGACAGCAGUUCAAAUCGAAAUAAAAUUAACAAAGAAACAACAACGUUAAGAAAUGAGUAUGAUAAAAAUUGCAAAAAAAAAGCAAAGUUGGAAAAGUUGGAAAAAACAGAAGAAAAGAAAAAUGAUGAAAUAGUAAUUAGAGAUGGAAAUAAUAAGGAAAUAUAUAAUGAUGGAAAAGAUAAAAAAAAAAUAUUUCAAAAAAAUUGUAAAAAUAUCGAAUGCAAUUUUGAAGGAUCUGACUUUAAAGAAAAAAAUAAGAAUAGUUAUGUACAUGUUAAAUAUGAAAAAUAUUGGAGUAUGGAUAAAAUAAAUAAAGUUGCUGAACUAGAAAAUAAUGCUAAUGUUAAAAAUAAAGUUUUCAAAGGAGUGUUAUUUGUAUCUCCGUUUGAUACAACUAAAUCAUUUGUUGUAGAAGAAAAAGCAGAAUCCAAAACAUCUAAAAUAAAAUAUUAUAAUGUAUAUGGAUAUAUUAGUAGAAAUCGAGCCUUAAAUAAUGACAUAGUAUAUGCAUAUACUUGUCGACGAAAAAUAAUAAAAAAUUGUAAAAUCGAUAAAAAAGGAAAUGAAGAAAAUUGCCAAAAUAGUGAGAUCGAAGAAAAAAAUUUAAAUGAAAAUGAAAUAGAAUUGGAAUAUUUAUUUGACAAUGAAAACAUAAAGGACAAAAUAAAUGAAGAAGAAAAUUUUUGUAGAGUUAUUAGGGUUUUAGAACGAAAAAAUAUCGAAAUUGUAUGUAAUUUAAACUAUUUAAAUAUUAAGGAAUAUAUAAAUAAUUUAUUUAAGACAAAAAAAGGAUUAAAUGUGUUAAUUGAACAAGAAAAACAAAAAGGAGUAUUUGCAAAAUUUCAACCCACUGAUACAAGAUUUCCAUGUUUUAUUUAUGAUUCAAAAGAUCUAACAAUAAAUAGAAUUUUAAAUUAUAUUAAAAAAAAAAAAAAAAAUUUGUAUGUUUUAAUAAAUUUUCGAAAAUGGGAAGAAAAUGAAAUAAACCCAACAGGAGAUAUAAUUUCGAUUUUAGGAAAUGAACAAAAUUUUUUUUCAAUUAUAUAUUUUUUUCUAUAUUUUUAUAAAAUAAAUUUUCAUAUAUAUAAAAAAAAUGAAAUGAGUUAUUUAAAAUCUGAAAUAAUAGUUGGGAACAAACUCAUAAAUACUUUUAUUGAAAGGAAAAAUAAAAGUGUAUGUGGAGAUUCCAAAUAUGAUUGUUUUUCCAAAAUGAAUGAAAAGGAUUACAUGUCUAUUGAGUUUGAAAAAAAAAUAAAUUAUUUGAAAGAAAUCCAAAAAAAAAAAAAAAUAGAAAAAUAUAUGAUUAAAUCCCUUUUAACAAAUAGAGAAAUAUUAACACAUUUAGAUGUUUUUACAAUUGAUCCACCAACUGCAAAAGAUUUAGAUGACGCUUUAUCUAUUCAGUUUAUUCACCCUGAUCAGUUUUCAAAUAUAAAAUAUAAAUAUAAAAUAGGUGUUCAUAUUUCGGAUGUUUCUUUUUUUAUUUCUCCCAAUUCGUAUUAUGACAGAAUAGCUUCUACUCUAUGCAACACUCUGUACAUGGAAUUAAUGGUUUUUCACAUGUUACCUUCAAUAAUAAGCGAAGAUGUUUGUUCUUUGAAUACAUCUGGAAAUAAAUUGAGUUUUUCUGUUUUUUUUUAUUUGGAUAAUUUGUCAAAUCCGUAUGAAAAUAUAAAAGAAAAAAAGAGUGAAAAUGUAGAAAUGAAAAAAUGUAUAAUAAAAAGCAAAUAUAAGUUAUGCUAUGAUGAUGUUGAAAAUUAUAUAGAUGAUGUUUAUACAAGCAUUGAUAAUUUUGAAAAAAAAAAAAAAAAAAAAAUAAUAAUAGAAAAAGAUUAUAUAAAAGAAUGGGAAGAAAAAAUAUUAAUUAAUGGAUAUAUGAACAUAGAUGGUUUAAUUCCAGAUUUUGAAAAAAUAUGUGAUAAAUAUAAUUUGUCAAUAAAAAUAGCUAGUGAUAUAUUUCGAUUAUAUUUAUUAUCAAAACAUAUUAAAAAUAAAACAGGACGAAAAACAAUAAACCAAAAUGAAUUAUUAAUGUUUUUUUUAAACAAUAAAAAUGAAAUGAAUAAAAUGAUUCCCAUCUCAAUUGAUUAUGUAAAAAAAUUUUUAAAAAAAAAAGGAGUAAAUAAUGAAAAGACAGAAAAAUUGAAUAAAAAUGAAGAUGAAAUAUUUGAAAAUAUAUUUGAAAAUGUAAUGAAAAAAAUGGAUAUUGAAAAUAUUGAAAUAAAAAUAAUAAAAAAUAAAAUAAAAAGUCAUAUGUUGAUAGAAGAAAUGAUGAUUUUUACAAAUUUUUUAGUUGCUAAAAAAAUAUGUGAAUAUAAUAAUAUAGGGAUUUUAAGAAUACAUGAUGAUACAACAAAUGAAAUAAAAAAUAAUUUGUUACAAUUUAUAGAUCAUAAUACAUAUAAGAAAAUAAAUACAAUAAUAAAUAUAAAAGAAAAUAAUAUUAAUAAUAUAUUAUCAGUUUGUGAAAAAAUUUUAAAUAAAAAUAGUUUUUUAUGUUUACAAUAUAAUAUUUUAAAAUUAUAUAAGCAAGCAAUUUAUGUACCAAAUAUAGAAAAUAAUGAAAAUAUUCACCAUUUUGGUUUAAGCUUAAAUAAUUAUAUUCAUUUUACAUCUCCAAUUCGGAGAUAUAUAGAUAUAAUUACACAUCGAAUUUUAAAUAAUAUUUUAGAGAAAAAAAAACCAUUAUAUAAUUAUGACCAAAUUAAAAAAAUAUGUGAACUUUGCAAUAUUCAAAAAAAAAAAACAGAUGAUAUACAAAUUCAUAUGAAAAACUUUUUUCUUAACAAAUAUCUUGUUUAUUUAAAUGAGGAAUAUAAACAUAAGAUGGUAAAUGAAUAUAGUUUGAAAAUUCGAAAAAAUAAAAAUGAAAAAAUAAAUAGGGAUACUAGGAUUUUAUCCAAAUCAGAAUUAAAUGGAUCAGAACCGAUAGAUCAUAAUCAAAUUGUGAAUGGAAUUAAUAAUUUGAAUUUAAAAAUGGAUAAGUCUGAAAAUUAUGAUUUUGAGAAAUGUGAGGAAAAGGAAUGUAAGGUUGAAUUAUAUAAAAAACAUUUUUAUAUUUAUAAAAAUAUUAUAAGUUUUAUGACUUAUAGUUAUAUACAUGAUAUUAUUGUAAAAAAAAGUGUUAAAAGAAAUAUAUGUAUAAACAUAUUAAAUGAUAACUAUAUAAAUGUUGAUGACAAUGGAAUAAUUUAUGAAGGUAGUUGUGGAGAUAAUGUUUAUACAUGUUGUAUCCCAAUUUUAUUACUUUCUGAUAAAAAAAAUGAAAAUUUGUUUGAAAAAAGUAUUACAUCUAAGAAUAAAGAAAAUGAUUCCGUUCCAUAUGAUGUGGAAGUGGAUAAAUAUUUUGAUGAAAUUACAAAAUCAGAGCAUGGAAAUUGUAAAUCUGAUGAAAAAAAAAUAAAAAAUGCCAUUUCUUUUUAUGUACCACUAUUAGAAACUGAAAAAUCUGUUAGUGAAAAUCUGUUAAAUUUAAAAUUUGAACUUAUAUAUAUUUCAUUUCAAGAUGAUAAGUUUAUUUACAAUACAGUUUUUGAUAUUUUAUACAAAAUAAAUUCUAAAAAAAAUAAUGAAGAAAAAUAUAUUUCAAGAAAUUUUUAUGAAAAGGAGAAAUAUGAAGAAGACAAAUUAAAAAAAGAAUGUUUGAAUAAUAUUUAUAAAAAUAUUUUAAAUAUAAAAAUAAAAGUACGAUAUAAAAUAUUAAAAUUAGAAAAAAAUGAAAUAAAAAAAAAAUUUCAAAAAAUUUAUGAUAAUUUAUAUGUUCAUGGUAUUUAUGCUAAAAUAAUAGAUAAUGGAAAUCAAUUAAAAAAAAACGAAUCUAUAAUUUGUGAAAAAUUUUACAAUAAAAUAGAUGAUUAUAAAGAAAUGUCUUAUAAUCUUAAUAAUGAAAAAUCUAUAUCCAAAAAAGAAAAUGAUAAUUUAUCAAAUAUGGAAAAAGACAAUUUAAAUAGUACUUCUAUAAUAAAUAAAGAUGAUGAUAAAAAUAUUUUUUUCGAUCAAUAUAAAGAAAUAAACCGAUUUCAAAAAAAUAAGAUUUUCAUAAUUCCUGGAGGAAAUAUGUGGAACCUACGUUUUGUCUAA